AUGGCGGCUUCCGUACUCGGCUUGUCCGAUGCUGAGAUCGACAAACUCCUUGCUGAAGCCGAGUCUCGCCUUGCGAACCCGGACAGCUCCAAUGCUGUAACGGCUCCCCAGCAAGAUGCUGCUGUUGCACCCGCAGCGCAAACCCCCGUAGUGGUUGCGGCUCCCUCGGCCGCUCCUGCUGAGGUGGUGAAGCCGACCUUGGAGAACAAGUCCAAGAAGUUGUCGGUCCGGGUGCCCCAAUCCAAGGAAAAGACCAAGGGACCCAAGAAUGACGCUGGCGCCGAUUGGUUCAACAUGCCCCGCACGAAUCUGACCCCCGAGCUGAAGAGAGACUUGCAAAUUCUGAAGAUGCGUGAGGUCGUCGCCAUGGGAAAGCAGUACUUCAAGAAAGAUGCUCGCAAGGACUUUGUGCCCGAGUUCUCUCAAGUUGGCACUAUCAUUGCUGGUGCUGCUGACGGUCGUGACAGCCGACUCACCCGCAAGGAGAGGAAGCGGACCAUUGUUGAGGAGGUUCUCGGUGCUCAGGUCGUUGACAAGUACAAGAACAAGUACCACGGCAUCCAGGAGAAGAAGCAGAGCGGAGGAAAGAACUUCUACAAGAAGCUCGUCAACGGCAGGAGAAAGCGCAAGUGA